AAUCAUAUGACAAUAUUUGUAAUAGUAAAGUGAGCAUUGAUGGAUAUAUGAAUAAAAUUAAAAUCCGAUUUCGAUAUUUAAGAGACAUGGAAACAAAAGGCGGAACUUUUGCGUUACAUUGUGAUUAGUUCACUAGUUGUUAUUGUGAUAAAUUAUUAAUAUAAAUUUUUAUUGUUGAUUAAGGCUACCCAUUGACCACAGCUUGUAACGAUGGAUCCUACUGCUUCCGUGAAUAAUGAUAUUAUUGAAACAAUAGAAAAUGAGGAAGAAAUCUUGGACGACUCCGAAGAAAGAGAACUUGUCACCGACUCGUGUAGUACGAAGGUGCUGGACAGCAGUGAACAGCCCUGCGACCGAUACUGGAUUGUGUACAUAUUAUUUUACUUAUUUGGAGUCACUUCUCUCGUACCUUGGAACUUUUUGAUAACUGCUAAUGAUUACUGGAUGUACAAGUUCCGAGAUGUGAAUCCGAGCAACCUCACAAUGGUUGUGAGGAAAACACAGUUCCAAGCAGAGUUCACUUCAUACCUCAACGUGGCCACAGCUGUUCCCAACUUGAUCUUUUUAAUCUUAAAUUCACUCUAUGGACAUUUAGUAUCAAUAAAGAGUAGGCUGCAAGGAUCGCUAAUAGUGAUCAUGCUGUCAUUCCUGGUGACCACUGCGCUGGUGCAGGUCAACACAGAUGACUGGCAGAAUGGGUUCUUUAUUGUCACUAUUGUGACUGUUGUUAUAAUGACAGCGGCGAGCGCGGUGUUCAUCGGCGGGCUGAUCGGCAUCGCGAGCCGCUUCUCGAAGGAGUACAUGGGCGCGGUGGUGAGCGGGCAGUCGCUGGGCGGCGUGGUGGCGGCGGCGGCGCAGGUGGUGGCGCUGGCGCUGCGCGUGUCGCCGCUGCGCAGCGCGCUGGCGUACUUCGCGGCGGCGGACGCGCUGCUGGCGGCGGCGCUGGCGGCCGGCGCGGCGCUGCGGCGGCUCGCCUUCUUCCGCCGCCACGCGCGCCGCGCCGCCGCGCCGCCCAACCGCCACCGCGCCGCCACGCCCGCCGCCGUCGCCCGCAAGGUGGCGCUGCCCGCCCUCACCAUGUUCACCGUGUUCGCCGUCACCAUGGCCGUGUACCCGGCCGUCACCGUGCUGGUCGAGUCGCACCCCACCACCGCCGGCACCGACUGGAACAACAUAUACUUCGUGCCGGUGGUGAACUAUUUGAUCUUCAACUGCGGCGACUACUCCGGCCGGCUGGUCGCCGGCUUCCUCUUAAAGCCCACCAACCAGUGGGUGGUGGCGGGCGCGAGCGUGGUGAGGGUGGCGGGCGUGGCGAUGCUGAUGCUGUGCAACGCGCAGCCGCGGCGGCACCUGCCCGUCGUCUUCCCCUGGGACUGGGAGUACAUCAUUAUCAUGAUCCUGUUCGCGUUCUCCAACGGGUACCUCACCAACAUCAUCAUGAUCAAUACUACCAGGGCGGUGGCGGCGCACGAGAGGGAACAGGCGUCGUCGCUGCUGGCGGCCGCGCUCAGCCUCGGGCUGGCGGCCGGCGCCGCGGCCGGCCUGCUGCUGGUGCGGCUCGUGUAGGCGGCAGCAGCCAUCUACACAUGUACACACACUCACGUGCAACACAUUAUAUCACUGGGGUUCACCUAACGCUUCAAUUGAUGUUUUGUAGUAUGUAAUUCAAUGUAGAUCUGUCUGUACAAUGCCACACUAGAUGUUGUAUGCAGCAGAUAGAAUGCAGCUCAAAUAUGUAGACCAAUAAUAUUAGCACGACGAUCGAGAGUCAUGUUAUUAUAAUAUAAAAAAAAAUAACUUUAGUGUGGUCACCAAUCGAGCACUCAUCUCUGUGUAACCGUGUACGCCACAACAUAUCAUUUUGAAUAGAAAGAGGACGAGGAUGAAAUAGUUGGUAAAAUAGUUUGAUAGGAGUAACAUAUGACAAGGAACAAACGAUGCCAAUCGGUAGACAUGAAGAGAUAGAGAAAAACUUCACAAGUCACUAUAGAUUUGCGAUUAGUUCCUCCUGCACGAAAAAAAUGUAGCAAAUAAAUGUAAAUAUGUGAUAUGUGAUUAAAAUGUGGCUAAAUAAUCCAAAGAUAUUCCAAAAAUGAUGUGCCGUGCACAUGUGAGUGACGCCGUGAGAAGUCACAUUCACAUCCGCGUGUAACCUCUCGACGUAUGAUAAUAUUGACCGCAACAAAUACAAGAUAUGCGAUGCAAGAUAAAACAUAGGAUCCAUAUUUAUGCGGCUACGGUAAUACUAUAGUUAUACUUGUUAUAGUUUCGCCAGUGUCCGAUAGUUACGCAGCUGCGUGUGCAAUGUAGUGUCUCGUUGACCGUGCAUCGCUUUACAUAUUUGUAACAACAAAUAUUUUUAUGUCGUAGCCACAGUUACCAGUUUGUUUGUGUUUGUUUUUAAUGUUUCAACAUUUUGUUAUUAUCUGCUGUACACAUUCCAUGUUAUGUUUAGUUUAAUUAUAGGCCAAUUAAUAAUUAUGUUUUAAGUUGUUAGUAUUGGAUUAAUUAUAAACGAAUUAUUGACAAAGAUCUGUAUAGAACAUACCAACAAAGUUUAUAUAUAUAUAUAUAUAUAUAUAUAUAUAUAUAUAUCAUUAUUAUAUAUAUAUAUAUAUAUGGUAAGCUAGUUUAUGUCCGACGGUGCGACGUGGCGGGAACUUUAUUACAUUUGACAUUUUGCAAUUAAAUUUACGCAUCGUUUGCAAUGUAAGGAUACGAUGUGUAUAGUUGUGUAAUGCGCCUGCGUGCUGCCUGCAUCAUUUUAUUAUUGGACGCCACGUGCCGCCGUCUCGAUGUGACAUGUGUGUAUGUCGUGUUCAGGGAACUCUUAGAGUCGUUGCCGAGCUCUUGCCUGCUGUGCUGCUGUGUCGUGCUUCGUGGGAUCACGGAUAAAUGUCUAUAUCAUACAGUUAUAUACGAGUACAGUUGAUAAAAAAACAUAUUCAAUGAAUAUGAGAGAAAAUGGUGCCAUAUGCACUUGGUUUCUGUCUUUCCUUGAAAAAAAAAAGAAACAAAUUUGAUCCUUUGACUUAAUUCUUGAUGCCUAUAUGCAUACAUAGCGGGAAUUUAACAAACUUACUGUUUGUUGUAUUAUUAGCAUAUAAUAAGAAUUAAUUUAACGAGAACCUAGUUCAAUAUAAUUAGUUCAUUUAGCACGUGACGUGUAAUGAUAUAAAUAUUUUAUAACUUCGCUACGCGUGAUAGAAGGACGAGUGCGACGGCGGCUAAGGACAUUUUACUUUAUUAUUUUUGUCAACUGUACUUAUAUAGGUAUAUAAUGUACAACAACGAGAUACAUUUUUAACAUGAAUGAAACUCGCGUGAUCUUUAUAUGUAUCUUUUUGUGAUAUUACAUGUAUUGUUAGUACGUAAGUAAUUUAUCAAAUGUACCUAUCCCAAUAGGAAUCGAGUGAAACGCCAUGUUUUUAGUAGUGGUGUCGAUGUUUCUUGCAAUUAUUAAUUAUAUAUUAGAAUGAAUAAAUAUUUUAUUGUAAAUAGUGUAAGAGAAGCUGCAAAAAUAAAUUCAGAACUAAACAUAGGUGGCUACAUUAUUAAUCAGUUUUAAGAGUAACGUAUCCAAUAGAUAUUUGUAUGAAGGAGUUUUUGAAUCGUGUACAAAAUAGAAACUGGUGUGACGAGUUAGCGUCGGUAGCUAGUAUUGAAUUUUAAAUAAUAACUCGGUUACACAUUGUUUAACAUAUAAUUGGUCAUCAAUUUUAUUAGCCUACUCUGGUGAACACAACGCUUUAGAUCCGAUGUUUCGAUUCCUACUGGAGACAAAAUCGACUGAGUGCAGCGGGCGUCACAUUACACCCGUCUGUCCAGUGACGUUCGCUGCUUAUGUCUAUAAGCAAUGGUUACCAUGCUCCACCAGGUGGCUAGUUUAGUUUGUCAUUUACAAUAGUAUAUAUUUUAAUUUACCACAAAGUGUGUCUGUACUUAUUGUACACACCCAUCUCCUGAUGUAAUCCAAUAGUUUUGUUGAGUUACGCAUUAAUAAAAUACAUUUAUGUACUA